AGGGUUUUCAUGUUGAUUACCUUCCUAAAGGCAGAAGGUAGUGGUUUGCGUUUAACGUGCGCUCUGCUGAUGAUGAAGGGGGUUGGAAAGCAUCUCUUGCAGCAGUUGCUGAAUUUAACAGGCUCAAGCAUUCUAUCGCUUCUCCUUAAACAUGGCGCUAGAGUGAGCCAAAAGAAUAAAUUAGGAUUGACUGCAUUUCAUACGGCUGCUGGUAAUGGUAACUCACAGGCACUUCAGAUCCUUCUACUGGAAGAUCCUGAUGGUAUCAAGUACAAGACAGAGAUGAAAGAAACGCCACUGUUUUUUGCAGUAAAGAAUGAACAUAUGGAUUGUGCAGAGAUUCUUUUGCGUUGGGGAGCAAAUAGUGAAGUUCUGAAUUUUCUUUAGGAACAAUGUUUGGUCCUUUUCGUCCUGCUCAUAACGACUAUGUUCAUUUUACUUUGUAGUCUCUAAGAAUAAGACCAUCGCCCAUGCACUUUUGAUGCUUUCUUUUAUUUUUUGCUUGCGGAUGUAUGCAUAUGCAUGAACGGACCAUUAUAUAUGCUCUUCAAUUCAACUUAUGCUUACCAGUAGACAAAGACCAAUAGAUUUAGCAAAGUCGCAAGAUAUGCGUUUUAUGCUAAAUCCAACCAAUAUCAGUCUUAGUAAGUUGAAUUUUACUCUAUUUAUUUUAUAUUUUUAAUGCGAUUAUAAUAAUGUAAUCUCACUUCUCUAGUAUCUGCAUGCAGUAAAUCGUAACCUCUCUUUGCAACAGAAACAUACAACAUUGUUACAAGAUGAUGAGUUUUUCUUGGACACUGGAGGAACACUCCUAAGCAUGACAGAUGGAGAGACCCCCUACGAAAGCAAUUAUUCAUCACCUGGCAAGCGAUGUGUCGUCAUCAUGCGGGCGAUUAUCAGAUUCAGAGAUGUUCAGGCAUUACAAUGCCCCUCCUGCCCCGAAGAGGAAGUCUGGAGAAGGGAGUGGCUCCACCCCUCUGAGCAAAGUCCCGAGGAAAGCACCGCCCAGCCAAGGGAGACAACCUGAGGGGUCAGUUGCACUCCCGCAGCUGACCCCUUCCUCACUUCCUCCUUCAGCGAGCCUAAUCCCCACUCGUCUGACCGGCCUGAGUGAGGCACUUCGCACUGCUGGUACUAUUGGGAAGGAUGUGGUUGAUCAGACUCUUCAUGAUGCUUCAACGAUUCAAAGCUUUGAAUCCUUCCCUCGACUUAGCGUUGAUGUCGUCUUACAGAGAGGGCUUGCUCAGUUGGCGAAUACGCUCAUCACCAUCAGUCAUGCUCAGCACCGAGCGGUAGACUAUAAGGAGUUGAUCAAGGUCUUAAAUGAUCAACUAGUGGAGGCCCAAGCUAAGUUGGAGCGGUUAGAGGAAACUGUGGCUGAGCGAGAUGAUUCUCUUAGGAGGUUGGCUGAUGGGAAUGACAAACUAACCCAGACCAACAAGCCGUUGAUUGAUCGGCUAGACAAACUGACCUAUGAGAAUGAGGGGUUGGCUCGCGAGAACGAGGGACUGAUUCGCGAGAUUGAGGAGCUGAGGCAGGAGAAAGAAGCUGAUCUUACUCGCUACGAGGAGAUCUGCUUCAACUGUUUUUAUCAGGUGUGGAAGCUAAACAAGCCUCUCAACCUCGACUUUCUCACGGAGGAGGUUAAGGCAGAGGAGCUUGCUAAAUGUGAGGCCAGGGCUGCCAAGGAAGCAGCUAAUCCUGCCAGCACUACAUCUGCUUCCCCCACACUAUCAUUAUGA